AGCUGAGUGUGGACGCUCGCAGCCUCAAGAGCCAUGGCACAGUCACGACCACGAUCCUGUGCGCCAAGCUGUGCGUAAUUGUCUAUGCGCACAUCUGUUGCUCACAAGCGAGAGGCUUCUCCGCUCCUGUUGCGCCAUGGAUAACGCCAGCCUAACACCGGGAGACUUGACGUCCACACCGAACGCGGGCUUACAGGUUUUCCCCGGAGUCCACCCUGUUGCUUCUGUGGCGCUAAUGGCUCGGGCGCAGCCGUCCGAGUCCCCCCUCCACCUGGUGCCAGCCUUCUGGGACUCGCCGCUCAGCCAUGGAAUCAACGUGUUCGUGGGCCUGGUGCUGUGCUUCACCAUGCUCGGGUUGGGCUGCACGGUGGACGUGAGCCAGCUGGGGGAGCACAUCCGGCGGCCCAUAGGUGUGCUGCUGGCUCUGGUGUGCCAGUUCGUCAUCAUGCCCCUGGUGGCAUUCCUGCUAGCUCUGGCCUUCUCUCUGGAUGACGUGGCCGCCAUGGCGGUCCUUCUGUGCGGAUGCUGUCCCGGGGGGAACUUGUCUAACAUCAUGUCUCUGCUGGUCCAUGGAGAGAUGAACCUCAGCAUCAUCAUGACCAUCUCUUCCACGCUGCUGGCAUUGGUCCUGAUGCCGUUGUGUCUAUGGAUCUACAGCCGCGCCUGGAUCAACACACCUGUGGUCAGCCUCAUGCCUUUCGGCGCCAUCAUUCUGACCCUGUGCAGCACGCUCAUCCCCAUCGGCCUCGGCGUGAUGCUGAGGUACCGCUACACGCGUGUAGCCGACACGGUCUUGAAGGCGUCCCUCUGGUCCCUGCUCAUUACCCUCCUCCUGCUCUUCAUCCUAACGGCGGCCAUGCUGGGCCCCGAGCUUCUCUCCACCAUCCCGCUGUCCGUCUAUGCGGUGGCCCUCCUGAUGCCCAUGUGUGGGUAUGCGGCGGGCUAUGGCCUUGCGGUGCUCUUCGACCUACCCCCCAACAGCCGCCGCUCCGUCUCCUUGGAGACGGGUUGCCAGAACGUGCAGCUGUGCACCGCCAUCCUCAAGCUGGCCUUCCCGCCUCAGCUGAUGGGUGGCAUGUACAUGUUCCCACUGCUCUACGCGCUCUUCCAGGCAGCUGAAGCGGGCGUCUUCAUCCUGGUCUACAGGUUGUACCGCAAGAAGGUGCUGCACAAGGCGGACCCAGUGCGGGAUGGCGAGGACACGGACAUAACAUACCAGAGAUUUCAGGAUGAGGACGUUGACUUUGACGGGUCUUACGGUGCCGUGACGGUGAGCGACCCCAACACCAUCAUGCUGGACCCGUGUCCUCCGGAUCCUACACCUGUUUAAAUGUGCAAAACAAAGAGGAUGAGAGGGGCAGCCAUGUUUGUGUGACAUACAUUUUAAAAACAAACAAGAUGGGCUGAUGCAUGUUUAUCAUUGUUUUAAAAACCUGAAAAAAUUCAUCAUGCGUCACAUAUCAAGUCUGUGAAUGUAACAAUCGGCCAUUCUGUGUCGGAAUGAACAAAUAAAUAUACAAUAUGUGUAUAUUAAAACAAAUGUAUGGAGAAAAUAAAAGA